UAGCACUGACCAAUUGAUUGCAUAAUUGCCUUGCAGACUACACAACUUCUUGUUUUCUACCCUUUGUAGAGUGAAGAAAGAACCACAAUCACUUGUUUCAAACUGUAAACCCUCCAAAGACUUCUCCUUUUUGGAAUUUCUUGGCCCUUCUCACGAACGCCGCAACUAAAAACCCAACCCAGGCUGGAAACCCAAAUUCAGAGAGGGUGAAAGAGAUGGAGGAAGGUAGAAUAGAGAUGGUGCUGGCCAGAAUAACAGAAUUGAGGUCCAAGAUCACUAAUUGCAUUGCUGCUGAUAGAACGGAAGGGAGAGAAUUAAGGAAAGGAGGCACUGAAAUGGAUUCAGAUGAAGUAUCGGAUUGCCUUUUGAGUAUCAGAGAUGCUCUUGAAAAGCUUGAAGUCCUAGUUUCUUCUUUGCAGGCACUGCAUCAGCAACAGCUAUAUGAAAAAGCGGAAGCCUUUGCCGGGAUAGCCUAUUCCCAAGAGAAGUUGCUCAAGAAGCUGAAGGAGUACAAAGGCAAUAACUUGGACAUUAUAAACGAGGCAAUUGCUUUUGUCGGUGAAACUGUGGAAGAAAGUAAUGAUCUCCUGCUCCCUCCAUAUCCUACCCAACCUUACCCUCUAGUCUCAGACAAGCUCUAUCCUUCAUAUACCCCCCCUUCCUCACACAUCAUUUCUCAAAACGGGGUGAUAAGUGGAAGCCAACCGCAUCAAUUGACAAAGGAGGAUCUCCAUGGAUCGCAUCAAGAAGAGGCAAAAAGCCCAUCGAGAGUGGUAACGUGUUUUAUUGGUGUAGCUGCCAGGACAGCAUUGACGGUUGUUGGGCUAAUAUCUGUUCUAACUCUGGCUGGUUUUGAGCCUCGGCUUAAGAAAAGAGAUAACUGCCUCAAGGUUGCGAAUCUGUUUCAACUGUUUGGGAUCGACAAGAAAGGAACAAACGCCACAUGCCCUCCUGGAAAGGUGCUAGUGUUUGAAAAUGGCGAAACUCGAUGCGUUGUAAGGGAGAGGGUUGAAAUUCCAUUUCACUCUGACGUCACGACAGCAGAUGUGAACCAUGGUUGUGGAUGAAACGUUGUUCUUUUUCUCCCACGAUUUGUAAAUUCCGCUUUGUUUUUUUUUUUUUUUUUUGGUAGUGCAACAUUGUGACCAAAGGAACAUCACGAUGCUUGUGAUAACGAUGAUUUCAUUUUACCUUGCGUAGCGAAGUGUGAUCGAUUUCUGAAUAUAUAUCAUCAUCAUGUACAUAGUUAUUUCAUAAGCUGAGAUGGGAUCAUGGGAGAUAUGAACAAUCUUAAAGCAAGAAACAUUGGCUUCAUCUUC